AUGAAGUUGUUUUUCGAGUUGAAAGAUCACAAUGACGUGAUUCAUCAAGAGUUUCAAUAUGAAUUUGAUAGCCAGGUUAGUUAGCUUAUUUAAUGAAAAAAAAUGUAGGAUUUGGAAUUUUAGGCAAAACUAAAAGAUGUGAAAACAAAAAUAAAAUUGGGGUUCUACAUUGAUCAUAAAUAUCAGAAACUAUUCCUAAAUUUUGAAGAUGGUAAUGAAAUUGUUGGAUCUGAUGAAAGAAGUCUUGAAUCUUGUGGUAUCAAACAUGGAUGUAAAGUGAUUGUCGUAAGUUUUCAAAUUGAUUGAUUCAAAUUAGAACUAUUCAAUGAUUUUAGAGACACUCUCUGGCUGCAAAUUGGAAAACAUUUCUUGAAUUCUUUGAGUUAGCUCGACAAGCUUUGAAAUCGAAUGAUAUAUGCGAAAUUGAACGGAAUGUAGAUCUUGCAAUGGAUCAAUUGAACCCAUUAAAUGAAGCACUAUUUUUGGUCACAUUUUCGAAAUAUGAUGGAUUAAGACGAGAAUUUCGAGAGGAAUUUUGGAGAUAUAUUGACAAGGAGAUGAGAUAUAUGGAAUAUUCUAUGCAUGAUUAUUUUUCGAAGAUUUUUGUCGAUGAUUCUGAAAGUUCGAAACUCGACAUACUUUGUCAAAAGAUGUGUUACGAUGAGAGAAGAGUUCAGGUAAGUGUUCAUUUUUUUUGGAAAAACAGACAUUUUAGUAACAAAUGUGAAUUUAGGGCAAAAUAAUCUGCCAAGUUUCGCGCAAUGAAACUUCACUUGCUAAUUAUUACAUGAAAAAGCACACGGGUCGUUCUGAGUUGGAUAUUCGUGAAUUUUUUGUUCGUAAAUUGUUUGAAUUGAUGAAAGUCGGACCUGCAGUUCAUUUCAUUCCAAACACACAUUCUUCUGGUAAUGGACUAUAUAUUGUGAAUGAAAAUGGUAAAUUGCCUAGUUUUACACAUAAAACUAUUUUCGCUUUUUCAGUGGAUGGUUUUCGAGGAGCAUAUUCUGAGGGGUUUGAGAUGAGUAAAGAGAUGUAUGCUCAACGAAAAUUACUCACGCAUCUUUUGUAUCUGAGAGGUAUUCGCGAACAAUAUUAUGGAAUUGAUGGAAAUGGGAGACUUUGCAUUAUUGAUUGUGGUGUAUGGUGGAGAUCACAUUGGUAACAUAUAAUUCUAAGUUUUCAGGUCAAAGGUUCGAAAAUAACAAUGGCUCAUAAUAGAAUUGUAGAACAUUAUUUGAAAAGCGAUGAAGAAAGCGAAGAACUUCGAACUCGGGUGGCAAAAGAUUGCAUUAAAUCGUGGAAUCUUUUGGAAUCGUUCGACCAAGCUCAUGAAGAAAUUGUCAAGAAAAAAGAGCUUUUUGAAAGUUAUCCGAUUUCGAAUGAACCAAAUCACAAUUUUGAUGAAUAUUUUGUUUAUAUCAAGAAUAACCUCAAUAAUUUGAUAGUUCAAUUGAACUGA